AUGGAGCAAACAUGCGCGACCAAUUAUCCAGUGACAUUCAAGCCUAGUAACUUAUCAUCCACAGCAUGUCCAGAGUACUUUCGGUGGAUCCAUGAAGAUCUACGGCUCUGGAAGAGUACAGGAAUCUCAAGGGCCAUGGUGGAAAGAGCUAAAGAUUAUGCUCAUUUUAGAUUAGUGAUUGUUGAUGGCAAGGUUUAUGCGGAGAAGUAUAAGAAGGCAUUUCAUACAAGAGAUGUGUUUACAAUAUGGGGUAUUUUGCAGCUGCUAAGGUUGUACCCUGGAAAGGUACCAGACUUGGAACUGAUGUUUUCGUGUGAUGACAGGCCUGUGAUCCUGAAAAAGACUACCAAGGCACAAACGCCACUUCAACACCAUCAAUAUUUCAAUAUUGUGGGCAUGAGGAUGCGAUGGGCAUUGGCAGAGACUAAGGAUUGGCGUGCAGAAAGUGAGCAAGGAUAUAAAAAUUCAAAAUUGGAGGACCAAUGUACACACAGUAGAUACAAAAUUUAUAUAGAAGGAAGAGGAUGGUCAGUGAGUGAGAAGUACAUAUUGGCAUGCGAUUCCAUGACUUUGUUCAUAAAACCUGAGUACUAUGGUUUCUUCAUCAGAAGCAUGGUACCAUUGCAGCAUUACUGGCCAAUUAGUGCCAGAAACAAGUGCAGAGACAUUAAGUUUGCUGUCCAAUGGGGCAACAACCAUACUGAUAAAGCGCAGGCUAUUGGGAGGGCAGGGAGCAAAUUUAUACAAGAAAACCUGAGAAUGGAAUAUGUGUAUGAUUACAUGUUUCAUUUAUUAACAGAAUAUGCAAAGCUCUUGAAAUUCAAACCGAGAAUUCCUGAAGCAGCAGUUGAGGUGUGUUCAGAGACUAUGGCAUGCCCCCAAAGAGGUUUGUGGAAGAAAUUCAUGGAAGAGACUACGGUGAAGUUUCCUAGCGACACACUCCCAUGUACAAUGCCUCCUCCUUAUGAGCCUCGUGCACUUGAAGCUUUUCUUGAGAGAAAGGAGGAUAUUUCGAGGCAAGUGGAGAUGUUUGAAUCCAAAACCUUCCCAGGGAAAUUCGAGUCCCCAAAGCGUUCUUAG